AUGCUCGAUGGCUGGGAUGUCUUGAGGCUUCAGAUGGCGCGGUCGAACUUCUUGUCUGUCGAUCUCUCCGUACCCAGCGGGGGGGGGGCGGGGGGGGGGGGGGGGGGGGGGGGGGGGGGGGGGGGGGGGGGGGGGGGGGGGACGGUGACCCGAAGGAACGUGGCAUCACCUCCACACCCUCCCGUAGUCGACACCAGCAACCUCAACCCAUUGAUCAGAAGACAGAAACGACGCCGUCCAACUCGGUUGUGCGGCGCACAUGGAGCCACCGUGCAUAUCGAGCUUGUCAGGGAACUAGUCACAUCCCCCUUUACCCCUUCCCCUGCCGCAGCAGACUUGCUUCUAGCCUCCAGUCUUGACAUUUGCAAGAAGCGCACCACAGGCUGCCCUACAGUGACUAACGCCCGCUUAUACCCUUCGACACACAUCAGAAGCAUGUUCAGGCGACGAUGUACAAGGCAUGUUGGCCAUUGUCCUAGCCUCCGACCAUGCUCUCAUACAGAGGUCGGAUGGUGA